AUGACUGCGUCUACCACUCGUGGAAAUCUGCAGGCUUUGGUGCAGGAGAUGCAUAGCCAUGUCGAUCCCUUCAUCAGCGACAUUCCAAAAGUUGAGCUGCAUCUUCACAUCGAAGGGACAAUAACUCCCGCAUUGCGUUGGAAGCUGGCUCAGAGGCAUGGAAUCACCUUGAAAAGUGAGCGUACUGGAGAAAUCUACGACACGAUCGAAAAGCUGCAAGCCUCAUAUGAGCUUCACCGCGCCCAAUACAAGCCUGGUGAAGGAGCCGAAGCGACCUUCUUUGAACUGUACUAUGGAGGGUUUGAAGUACUCCAGACCGAAGAGGACUUUUAUGACCUGGCAAUGAACAUGUUUGAGCUUGCCGCCAAGAUGAACGUCCGAUACGUCGAACCAUUCUUUGAUCCGCAGGGACAUACCCGGCGAGGCGUGCCACUCGACGCUGUCAUGAAAGGAUUUAGGCGGGCUCAGCUGACAGCCGAGAAAGACCUGAAUGUCAAAUCCCAAUGGAUCAUGUGCAUGCUACGAGACAUGACACUAGAAUCCGCCACGGAACACUACGAAGCCGCCCUGCCUUACCGUGACAUGAUUGUGGCAAUUGGACUUGAUUCCAUGGAGGAGGGCCAUCCUCCGUCGCAAUUCUACAAACUUUUCGAGCGAGCACGUGCCGACGGCUUCAAGCUUACCUGCCAUUGCGAUCCGGGUGUACCGGACACUAUGUCAAACAUGGAACAGGUCCUCAACGAUAUUGGAGGUACAGGCGCGGAUCGAUGCGACCACGGCCUGAGUGCGGCUCAUGAUCCGCAGUUGGUACAGGGCUUUGUCGAAAAGAAAAUCGGCAUGACGCUUUGUCCAUGGGCCUAUUUCUGUCUUUCGCCAGAAACAGACAUCAUGGGUAAGGUUCGUCAGCUCUACGAUGCGGGUGUCCAAGUUACUAUUAACAGCGACGACCCGGCUUAUAUGGAUGGUUGCUGGAUCGUCCACAACCUACACUUGGCGAGGCUGAUGUGCGGCUUUUCAGAUGCUGACAUUGUCCGCCUGCAAAGAAAUGCAGUUGACAUGUGUUGGGCACCACAGGAGGUUAAGAGCGCCAUCACCAAGGAGUUGGAGGAAUUCGCUGCACGGAAUAUCACUGGGAAAGCAUAG